CUGAAGCCAUGCUUAGGCUCCGCUUACUGACCUGGGAUGUGAAGGACACACUGCUGCGGCUGCGGCAGCCGGUGGGGGAGAGUUACGCAGCCGAGGCCCGGGCUCAUGGGGUGCAGGUGCAGCCGGAGAUGCUCAGUCGGUCAUUCCGGGAGGCGUACAGAGCCCAGAGCCGGCACUUCCCCAACUACGGCCGCGGCCAGGGCCUCAGCUCCCGGCAGUGGUGGGUUGAUGUUGUGAAACAGACCUUCAGGCUCUCAGGCGUGCAUGAAGAUGGAGUCCUAACACUGAUGGCGGAAAACCUCUACCAUGACUUCUGCAGUGCCCACAACUGGGAGGUACUGCCUGGAGCCAGUGAGACCCUGAGCCGGUGCUGCCAGCGUGGCUUCCACAUGGGGGUUGUCUCCAACUUCGAUAACCGGCUGGAAAAUGUCCUCUCUCAGUCCAACCUGCGGCACCACUUUGAAUUCGUCCUCACUUCUGAGGACACAGGCUUCGCCAAGCCAGACAGGAGGAUCUUUGAGAAAGCCCUGCGCCUCAGUGGGGUCCCCCCAGAGCAAGCAGCUCACGUGGGGGAUGACUACACCCGCGACUACAGGGCAGCCCGUGCCGUGGGCAUGCAUGGCUUUCUGCUUCGGACUGCUGGGCAGGGCAAGGAGCCAGCUGUGCCCCCUGAGCAUGUCCUGCCUACACUCGGCCACCUCCUGGCUCUUAUUGAAAAGGGGUAGCUGGGUUUCAGAAGAGGACCAGUGCUGCUGCUGAACAGUGAACCAGUCCUGACGUGGGAUUUCUUGCUGCCAGUUGGACAGGGAAAAGAAGCGAGUGCUUCUGCAUGCAGGGAGCGGAGCGCUGCCAGAGCUGGAGGGGUGUUAUUGAAAUAAAAUGUACCUGAGGCUCA